UUCAUUGCGGAAGCGCUGAGUUUCGUAUUUUGCAUUUAGAAACUUCGAAUAUCAUCAUCAUGGUUUAUGUGAAGAACUGGGAAGAUUUUGAAAUCGCUGCCGAGAAUAUGUAUAUGGCGAAUCCACAAAAUUGCCGAUAUACAAUGAAAUACGUGCACUCCAAGGGUCACAUACUGCUCAAAAUGACGGACAAUGUCAAGUGCGUACAAUACAAGGCGGAGAACAUGCCCGAUCUAAAGAAAAUUGAGAAAAUCACAAGCAAUCUGGUCGGUCACAUGGCGUCCAAGGAGUAAAGCAAGCACACAAAAUUGGCCACGGCAGCAGUUUGGAUGUGGAGCAAAAACAACAAUAACAACAAAUGCCUUGAUGUUAUUGUCACUGUCGUUGUUGCUGUUGUCUGAUGCUGAAUAGCCGUGUGUCCCACCUGCAAUUGUUUAGUUUGUAAGCGCCCUGACCAAUGAGGCGACUAAUUAAGUGUGUGGUAACAAGAGUAGUUGUUUAAAUAACAUUUUAUAAAUGUUAGCUCUGUACACACCAGUCAGCCUAAUUGGCGCCAGUGCAGUUUUAAUAAUUACGAUACUUGUAUAUUUAUUGUAAUGAAGAAUGAAUGGGUAAA